CAGAAACAGGCCAUGGAGGGACCGGAUCCGGAGGCGGCAGCUCAACCGACUACCAGCCAGACUCCCAGAAAUCAUGUUGGUAGGAUCCCAGUCCUUCUCGCCUGGAGGGCCCAAUGGGAUCAUCAGGAGCCAGUCCUUUGCGGGGUUCAGUGGCCUUCAGGAGCGGCGAUCCAGAUGUAACUCCUUCAUUGAAAAUUCCUCCGCUCUCAAGAAGCCUCAGGCCAAACUGAAGAAAAUGCACAAUUUAGGACACAAAAACAGCAGCCCUCCCAAAGAGCCUCAGCCUAAAAGGGUGGAAGAGGUCUACAGGGCUUUGAAAAAUGGACUUGAUGAGUAUCUGGAGGUUCACCAGACAGAGCUGGACAAGCUGACAACUCAGUUAAAAGAUAUGAGAAGAAACUCUCGCCUGGGUGUGCUGUAUGAUCUAGACAAGCAAAUUAAAACGAUCGAAAGAUACAUGAGACGCCUGGAGUUUCACAUCAGUAAGGUAGAUGAGCUCUAUGAAGCUUAUUGUAUCCAAAGACGCCUCCAAGAUGGUGCCAGUAAAAUGAAGCAAGCCUUUGCAACGUCACCUGCCAGCAAAGCUGCCCGCGAGAGCCUGUCAGAGAUCAACCGGAGCUACAAAGAGUACACAGAGAACAUGUGCGCCAUUGAAGCGGAGCUGGAGAAGCAGCUGGGGGAGUUCUCCAUCAAGAUGAAAGGUCUGGCUGGCUUUGCUCGCCUCUGCCCUGGAGAUCAAUAUGAAAUUUUCAUGAAGUAUGGCCGACAGAGGUGGAAACUGAAAGGCAGGAUAGAGGUAAACGGCAAACAGAGCUGGGAUGGAGAAGAGAUGGUGUUCCUGCCGCUGAUAGUCGGGUUCAUUUCCAUCAAGGUCACAGAACUCAAAGGGCUGGCGACUCACCUCCUGGUGGGCAGUGUGACCUGUGAGACCAAAGAGCUGUUUGCAGCCCGACCUCAGGUGGUGGCUGUGGACAUCAAUGACCUUGGCACCAUCAAACUCAACCUGGAAAUCACCUGGUAUCCGUUUGACGUGGAGGACAUGACCCCAUCCUCGGGCGCUGGGAACAAGGUGGCCGCCCUCCAGAGAAGAAUGUCCAUGUAUAGCCAGGGUACUCCGGAAACGCCCACCUUCAAAGAUCACUCCUUCUUUAGAUGGUUGCAUCCUUCACCAGACAAGCCAAGGCUGUCUGUCUUGAGUGCCUUGCAAGACUCUUUCUUUGCCAAGCUGCACCGCAGCCGCUCUUUCAGUGACCUGCCCUCCCUCAGGCUGAGACCCAAGGCCGUGCUAGAGUUUUAUUCAAAUCUACCUGAUGACAUCUUUGAAAACGGGAAGGCAGCCGAGGAGAAAAUGCCACUGUCCCUCAGCUUCAGCGACCUGCCCAACGGGGACUGCACCCUCGCCCCCGGCCCAGCUGACUCUCUCCCUGGCGCGAGCACGGCAAAUCCAGAAAUCACCGUCACCUCCGCAGAGCUGCCCCCAGGCAGUCAGUCCUCCCAGAGCGAGGGCUUGGAGGACUCCAGCUCAGCCUCUUGCAGCAGCUCCUCGAGAGAAGGCUCAGAGCCCCGGUCUCACCCCGAGGGAGAGACCCAGGGGACGAGGAAGCCCAAGGGCUGCCGAGCGGCCACUGCUGCCGGGCCAGAGCGCCUGUUCCUGCAGAAGGGAGUUGCAGAGGCCCUUUUACAAGAGGCCCUUCUGCAAGAGGCCUCUGAACUCAAGCCCGUGGAGCUGGACACUUUUGAAGGAAACAUCACGAAGCAGCUGGUCAAGAGGCUCACCUCGGCAGAGGUGCCGGCGGCCAAGGAGAGGCUGCUCUUGGAGGGCUCGGUCAGUGCAGAGUCGGAAGGCUGUAGGUCUUUCCUGGAUGGAAGCCUAGAGGACGCCUUUAAUGGGCUUUUCCUUGCGUUAGAACCACACAAAGAGCAGUAUAAAGAGUUUCAGGAUCUGAACCAAGAAGUCAUGCACCUGGAUGAUAUUCUAAAAUGCAAGCCAGCAGUAAGCCGAAGCAGGUCUUCCAGUUUAAGUCUUACUGUUGAAAGUGCUUUAGAAAGCUUUGAUUUCCUGAACACCUCUGAUUUUGACGAGGAGGAGGAGGAUGGUGAUGAGGUUUGUAAUGUUGGAGGAGGUGCUGACUCAGUAUUUUCAGACACUGAGACUGAGAAAAAUAGUUACAGAUCGGUUCACCCAGAAGCCAGGGGGCAUCUCAGCGAAGCCCUGACUGAGGACACGGGAGUUGGGACUAGUGUGGCAGGAAGCCCUCUCCCGCUGACCACGGGGAAUGAAAGCCUGGACCUUACCAUCAUCAGGCACCUCCAGUACUGCACCCAGCUCGUCCAGCAAAUUGUUCUUUCGAGUAAAACCCCAUUUGUGGCCAGCAACCUGUUAGAGAAGCUUUCCAGGCAAAUCCAGGUGAUGGAGAAGCUCUCGGCCGUCAGCGAUGAGAACAUUGGAAACAUCAGCUCUGUCAUUGAAGCUAUACCGGAAUUUCACAAAAAACUGUCUUUGCUGUCCUUCUGGACCAAAUGCUGCACCCCAAUUGGGGUCUACCACAGCUCCGCGGACAGAGUGAUUAAGCAGCUAGAGGCCAGCUUUGCCAGAACCGUCAACAGAGACUACCCCGGACUUGCAGACCCAGUGUUUCACACCCUGGUGUCCCAAAUCCUGGACCGAGCUGAGCCCCUGCUUCCCGCCAGCCUGUCCUCCGAAGUCAUCACUGUUUUCCAGUAUUACAGUUACUUUACGAGCCAUGGCGUGAGUGACCUGGAGAGUUACCUGAACCAGCUGGCCAAGCAAGUUUCGGUGGUUCAGACUCUGCAGUCACUGAGAGAGGAGAAACUGCUCCAGGCCAUGAGUGACCUGGCCCCUGGCAACUUCCCGGCCCCACAGGAGGAAGUACUCAGGACGCUGGCUCUGCUCCUAACUGGGGAGGACAGUGGAGCUAGUGAGGCCGUGACGCUUUACUUGACAGCUGCCUCCAGAAGCGAGCAUUUCAGGGAAAAGGCCUUGCUUUAUUACUGUGAAGCCCUAACAAAGACUGACCUCCGGCUCCAGAAGGCAGCUUGCCUGGCCCUGAAAAGCCUGAAGGCUACUGAAAGCAUUAAAAUGCUGGUGACAUUGUGUCAGUCUGAUACUGAAGAAAUCAGAAAUGUGGCCUCAGAAACUCUCUUAUCUCUUGGAGAAGAUGGGCGGCUGGCAUAUGAACAGUUGGACAAAUUUCCUCGAGACUGUGUAAAAGUUGGAGGUCGUCUUGCAAGUGAAGUUGCCACGGCCUUUUAA